UGCGAUAUUGCGUGCAGGCAUUAUUGAUAGCCACCAAUCCAAGCUGAGGUCCAAACAGGUGUUGUAUGCGUCGCAGGAAAUAUACGUCAUCCGUGUUGCUCUAAGACCAAGCUUUUUUUGGUUUGUUUCAGCAGUAUUAUUUAAAACAGUAAUGGAGGACUUGCCUGCAGAUUUACGUGAAUUUCUACAAAAUCAACCUUUCCUAGAGCUCACUAAAGACAAAAAGGUCAAGUGCUUAUUAAAUGGCCACGAAUUUCCAUGCAACCUUGCAGAGCUACAGAACUUCAUAUCUGGAAAGAAAUUCAAGAAGCUGUGUGCUGGAGAGGAAUUUAACUACAGCCAGUAUGAACCUCAUUUGGUCCCGAGCACAAAGCAACCAAAUCAUCUUUUUUGCAAGCUGACCCUGAGACACAUCAACCAGCUGCCUCAUCAUGUUCUCCGGCACGUUGGUGGAAAACGGUUCAAGAAAGCUCUAGCACAGUAUGAGGAAUGUAUAAAACAAGGUGUGGAGUUUGUUCCAGUCAGACUGAGGCAGAAAAAGCCACCGAGAGACACGGAUGAUGCCAUGGAUAGCAGGAGCGAACGAGGGAGCAAGAACAAGCAUAAGCAGAAAGACAAACGGAAGCAGGACAGCGGCAUUUGGGCUCCGAGCUCCAGCGAGGGAGAAGGCAGCGACUCCGAGGACAGCAUGUCCGAUCUCUAUCCUUCCACAUUGUUCACCCUAAAGACAGAGGGACAACAGAAGAUGGAGGAAGACAAAGAUGAAUUCCAGACUGAUGAUGAUGAUGAUGAUGAUAUGGAGGUUUCUGAAAGGGAAGAAGAGAAACAGGCAGCACAGAAACGCAAAAAGGUCCAGGCUGCUGGUUUUAACAAGAAAUUAAAGAAAAACAAAAAAAGGAACGGUUUCAAGGGCAUCAAUAAAGUAAAAAAUGGAAAAUAAUAAAAUUGCUUGCAUCAA